AAGCAGGGGCACGGCAAGAUGGCGCUGCUCUGGGACACCAGCCUGCUGUUAAGAAAAGUUAAAGAUUUAAGAUGUUUGACACCCAGACGACACCGAGUGAAAGAGAAAUGGGCUGCUACACGUCCCAAGCUCCCACCCACCAGAUUGGCCGUGCAUCACUUUGACGCCACCUAUAGCACUCAGCUGGGGCAGCUGUGGCCCUCAGUGCGACUCGCCAUGCUGUCAGAGAGAAAAUAUGGAGCCCUGCUCAAUAAUUUCUCCCAUAACGCUGCUCUGACAGAGCUCGAAGCUCAGGGAUGCGUAGAUUUCAUCAGUGAAAGAGAGAAAGACGUUCCUUCUUGCUUGGAGGAAAAAUCAGAGGAACCUAGUGAUGUUUCCAUGAAGAGCUCUGACGCUGAUGGCGAGCAGCUAUCUCUAAGCCCAAACAUCAAGUGUUUAGUGUUUCCGAGAGGCGACGUGACACGAUUCAAGCCUGCAAGGCCAGACAAGAACGGCCUGUUGGGUUACUACCUGAUGGACGCAGCAUCUCUGCUGCCCUGUCUUGCACUGGAUGUUCAAGAAGGUCACAGCGUGCUUGACCUCUGUGCUGCUCCAGGAGGCAAGACCCUGGCUUUGCUUCAGACCCAGGCCAUCAGGUUUUUGUGCAUAAAUGACAGCUCAGUGUCUCGAACACUACGACUGAGGAAGGUCCUCCACAGCUAUGUUCCUAAGCAUUUUUUGACAAAUGAGAACCUGCGCAUCACCUCUUUCGAUGGCACCAAAUGGGGGGAAAUUGAAAGCAACACUUUUGACAGAGUCCUUGUUGACGUUCCCUGCACCACAGACAGACAUUCACUCAUGGAGGACGACAACAACAUAUUCAGUAAGAAUCGGACUGGGGAGAGACGCAGGCUCCCGCAGCUACAGCUGGAGCUGCUGCUAGCGGGAAUCCAGGCUGCUUGUCCUGGUGGGGAGAUCCUCUACUCCACCUGCACGCUCUCACAGAACCAGAACCUCAGUGUGGUUGAACAGGCUAUCUACCAAGCUCGAGAGAAAGAUGGCAUCCAUCUACAGGUUGUGGAUCUGAGGCCCCUGAUGCGCAUGUUCGGGAACACCUUUCACUUCGCUCCGGACCUCCACCUGGGCGAGAUGGUCAUCCCGCACCUAGCAGCUAACUUUGGACCCAUUUACAUGUGCAAGUUAAAGAGGCUGACGUAGGACGUGGACUCUUGCACAAGUUCGCCUGAGACUUUCAAAUACUGAGCAACUCUGCUGCCAGAUUUGGAGUCAGCUGGAUUUGCAAACUGCUUCUGGUGGACCCGGGCUUUCAUCAUAACUGUUUUCCGGAGCUUUUUGAAGCCUUCUAAGCCAACCAUGACUCUCAGAGACGUUUCUCCUUUUUCCUCUGUUUUCUCAGUCCUAUAUGAUUACUAAGCCUUAACACUGGGUCACCUUUGCAGGCUACACAGCACAUGUAAAUAAUAUCAGUUUUAGAUUGUGCAGGUAAAGCAUGAGACAAACAGGAAAGAGAUUUUUCCUCAGUGCAGAAUUGGAUCAGUCAAUUCACCAGACACGAGGACAGGUGACUCUGAGCGCACAAUAUCCCAUCCAAAUCCUAACACUUUUUUUUUUUUUUGCAGCUUUCUAGUAGGGUCCUUAUGCUUUAAAACUAGCUGCACGAGCUGAUGAAUGACCUCUUUUUAGUUUCAAAGGGACGUGAGGAGUACUUCCUAAAGUCUGGCCUGCACUGACACCCGUCCCUUCAGUGUCCUCAUCAUUCAUGCUGGUCAUCAUGAUUGAUGCACUAAACUGCUGUUAAACGAAUAAUUAAACUGAACUUAUUGACGAUGUGGAUGUUUAGGUUUUUAUCAGUAAACCAUUCAAAUUAAUGUAAGUUAAAUUUACAUUAUCACUAGAAAUCACCCGAGGGCACACUGUGCACCAGAGUGUUCUUUGCACAGAUCUUUUCUACUGUGACAUAUUAAAGAGAUGUGACACACAACCAGGAUAUGCAUAUGGCCGUGUGAGAAGAAGUCAAAUAGUCAUUCAAUAAGUUGUUAGUCAGCACUUUACGUUCUUAUCACAUUUUGAGUGUGAUUAAAUGUUAAUAUUUAAGUGGUGCUCGUAAGUUACAGGCGAUAGCUACAAGAAAACAAUGGACAGAGGAUUAAGAUUACAAUUAGGAAGGAUGUGUCAUUUUCUUUAAAGGUCUCCUCCACUCAUAUAUAGCUAUUUAUGAGUUGCUGUUUAAUUUUUGCCCUCUAGGUGUCAACAGUAGAUCAAGAUUACAAGUGUCCUGUAUCUUCCUUGUCCACUAGAGGACACUGAGCGUUUAUAUGUGGAAAUGCUACUGUAAUUCCACUAUGUGUGUUUGUCUUGCUGUACUUUGUCAGCUGCACAGGGAUGAUGUUUGUGGUUUGGGGAAAAAAACACAAAUUUCCAUCAGAAUUACCUGCUCUCUUUAGCUCGGCAAUGAAAAUGGGCUUGUCUUGUUCUUUGCUUAUUCAUCAGGUUUGAUGGCUUUGCCUAAUAAUGCGAUAUAUGGCUGUGUGAGAGGAGGGCGUAAUGAAAAGGCAGGUAAUGACUUCUUUGACCAUUUGGCUUCUCACAUCUGAAUCUGCGCAGCUUUCAUUACUAUAGCUGGAUUGAGUCCGUUUUUGCAUCGGCAUCACUCAGAGGUGAAAUGGUUCCUCUUAUCACAGCCUAAUGUGAGCGCAGAGGUGCCUCUUUUUCUUUUUUUUCCAUCACACCGCCGAUGACCCUUUAUGUUGUCCUGGCCCAGGCAAUGUAGCAUGAAAAAAGGUGUGUGUCUCUGUGUGUGCGUGUUUCUUAACGAGUCCACCAUCCACAUCCCACUGUCAUUAAGCUGCUCCGGAGCUGACUCCCAUCCCCGUGCCGGGAUGGACGUCAGCCAUGCGGCUCCCAGAUGAACAUUAAAGAGGCAGCAGAGAGCUAAAAUGGGACGACUCGCCCCGUUUUGCCCCUCCGCUUUUUUUUAUUCCACAGAUGAGUGCAGAUAAUUUUCUGUGCGAUUGUGAGUGAUUACUGUAUUACUGCGGUAAAAGGGGGAUGUAUCGGGGAAUGCAGGGGGAAUUAAUGACACAUAAAAACUAUUUUUGUAUUGACUGCGUUCGUCCCCAGGGCCUCGAAUGCCUCCUCGCAUAUCUUGUGAUUACCUAAACGUAUUGUAAAUAUGUGUUUCCUAUGGGCUCCUACAUAAAUUUACAUGUUUUAACACUCAGGAGACGGCAGACUGUUAGAGAUGAGUUACUCUCUAUUCUGCCUGUCUAUAGACUCGACUGGCUGCCUGCUUUAUUAUUGAAUUAGCCAAUGAAGCGCUGUGCGUUUGUGUCCCUAUGUGUAAGCCUGUGUUAGGGAGACAUGCUGUGUAUUAGAAAGAUGAAUAUUAUGGAUUUAACUACACACCCACAUGCUUCCGCUGUGUUUUCUAGUACAAUUUUUGUUAAUAAACCUGCAAAAACACUAA